AUGAGUUCAAUGGCAAGAGAUCGAAAUGAACAAAUAGUAAUCCAGUCUUCUAUCGCCUUGCUUCAAGAAAGAUUCAGACAACUUCAUAAAGCACGAGAGCUAAGAGCUGAGCGAGAACUCCUUACCCCUAGACCUAACCACCUAGACACCAAGAUCUUACAAUAUUACAGCGAACCCGCGAGCUUUGGUUUCUUCCAGUUUCUACCUCUAAACUCUCAAACAGCCUCGUCGCAGAAGCUCCUUUCCCUCUCCUUAUGCCCUCAAUCCACCUCUAAUCCCAUUGAAAAGCCUAGCUUUUGUCAUGACUGGCCAAAUAAAGAAGACAAGAAGGUGGUUGGGAUUGAUCGAUACGACGACGUUGAUACGUCUCUGCGUCUCUGAAAUAAUAAAUAGCUCAUCCAUCUAUUUGUCUUUUAAUUUAUAUAUGUAUGUAUAAGUAUAACCUUUUAUUUUUUGUCGGUAUGCUCUUUUAAGGAGUCUUGUAGGUGGUAAUGAUAUGUAUGGUUCAACUGCGAUCAUAUAUAAUAUCAAUCAUUUCGAAGCUC